AAACACAGAUGUCCCAUUUCCCUGACCAGUAGUAUCUAGACAAUUGUCUGCAUCUCUCAACCACUCAAAAAAUCAUAAAAAUAAACUCAAUUUUCUUAAACUUAGGAAACCUUAAACCAAAAAAAACAGAUCAUAAAGCCAAAAAGCCAGAAGAUACAACCAAAAAGCCAAUCUGCUUACUCUUUUACAUUUGAGCAAAUCUCUAAAACCAAAAUUUGUUGCAGAAAAGUUUAACAAUGGAUGAACCAUUUCUCCCAGAAGAUACAACAACCACACCACGAACAAGACGAAUGGCUCGUGAAACAGGGUCGCCACGACAACAACUCCUUGGUAGCUACUUUGAUCGUGGCACACCAAGAUCACAAUCAUCUUUACGACCACUUCUAUUCAACAAUGAAGCCAUCAAUACACCACGAGCUAACUCAAUUCGAAGAAAAUUAAUGGAACGUCAAUCAACUGCUAGGCUUUUAAAAGAUGAUACAGCAAUUUCAUGUCCUCCUAUAAUGAGUUGCAGUCCUUUAGAUAAAGAUCUGAUUAUCAACUUUGACAGAUCAUGUUCUGCUCCACCUCUUUUCACUGAGGAAAAAGGGCUAAUUCCACACCAUUCUUUUGAUCAUAAACAUCGAACAAAGAGGGCCCCACGGAUUCUUCAGUUAGCUAUGGUUGGGUUGCUCUUAUAUGUAACUGUUGGGGUAACUGUAUUUACUUUAACCCAUCACACAUUUAAAGGUCAAAGAACUGAUAAUAAGGUGGUUGAUGCUCUGUAUUUUACUGUAGUAACUUUAUCCACCAUUGGUUAUGGUGAUAUUAUACCCGCCUCAACUUUUACUAAGAUGUUCACAUGUAUCUUUAUCCUAGUCGGGUUUGGGUUCAUCGAUGUGUUGUUAAACGGGUUGGUUACCUACGUGCUUGAGUCGCAAGAGGAGGUUUUUCUCGAUGAAACGAAGCUGAAUAAGAUUAUAAGAGACUAUGUUAUUGAUAAAACGAAAGGUAGAAUGAGGAUAAGGACUAAGGUUUGUUUGGCAUUAGGGGUUGUUUUUGUUUGUCUUACUAUUGGGACGAUUACUGUUCAUUACUUGGAGAAGUUGAGUUGGGUUGACAGUUUUUAUCUGUCUGUUACUUCUGUUACGACAGUUGGGUAUGGAGAUCAUGCUUUUAAGACAGUUGGAGGAAGAUGUUUUGCUAUUGUGUGGUUGUUGGCGAGUACGUUGGCGGUUGCUAAGGCGUUCUUGUAUUUAACUGAGUAUAGGAUUGAGAAGAGGAAUAGAGGAACGGCAAAAGAGAUUCUUCAUAAGAGAAUGACUCUUGGUGAUUUAAUGGAAGCUGAUAUUGAUCAUGAUGGAAGUAUCAGUAAAUCUGAGUAUGUUAUAUUCAAGCUUAAAGAGAUGGGGAAAAUAACAGACAAUGACGUUGAAGAGAUCUGCAAGCAAUUCGAUGCUCUGGAGUACACCCACAGUCGAAGAAUUGCAAUCACAGAUCUCGCAAGAUGUGAUAAGAUACCAUGCUCUGAAGCUCAACAUGAUGAUGAUGAUGAGGCAAGUCACGGCACAACAUGAAAAGGCUUACUCAUGUCCGAGGAUUAACAGCACUUUACCAGCCAUUUUCAACGGCAUGUGUAUUGUAUAAUACUUGUAUGUAUAUGAACUUGAGUCUGAGUGAGUAGCAUCGUGAGUCAUGAGAGAUGAUGAAAGAGAUCUUUUUUUUCUGAUCAAACAAUUUUCACGAUUUUUCACAUCAGAAAAUAAUACAUUUGUUAAUAUAUGAUGCAACACAUUACUUCCUGCUCAAAAAGAACAACUUCUGAUCGAUUGAGCAUUUUAUGAAAGCAGUAAAUUGUGCAUACUGUAAUAUCACAGUCAUACCACUCAAAUUCAUCAUAACUAAAAUCUGUAAAUCCACUCAAGUCCCCAUAAGUUAAGUAGAUAGGUAAGCAUGAUACUGCUGAAAUAUAUCAUCAAAAUAUGAACAUUGCUAUCCGACACGAGCACUUGAAAUUAAAACGAAAUCUAAGCAGUGCAAUAAUCGAGAAAAUCGUAAAGGAAAACAGUUUGACAAAUCUAAGAAUGGAGAUGUUCUAUUAUGUUGCAGUAACCAUUGCAGAACUGUAAGGUACAUGAUUGAGUGUGCAAUUUUGAUCAUUAUCACCUACUUCCAUUAAAGACUACAACGAUGAAUGAUAUGAGAAAACUUACAAGUUUGAUGGAAAAACCAAGGUAUAUCAUUGAGAUAUUAAUUUAUCCCUAUCAUAGCCCUUUCUAAUAAGCAUGGUGUGUGCAACAGUUGGCAAGCUUAACGAUG